GUUCUUCUUUUCAAGGAAACUCCAUGGAUAGUGACCAAGAAAGAAAGAAGCUUGCUGCAAGACAUGCUGCACGUGGUUUUGCUAUCAUCAACAAGAGGAUUCCAGCCUCUGCUUGGACCAGUCAUGCCAAUUUCGUGAGAGAAGAUAGACCAGAACAUGAAGGAGGCGAAACGGCGCUGAGUCAGGCAGGUUAUGAGCCUACUCGACGUCACGUCGAGACUGCACAUCGAGAUGGCUCCUCGAGUUCAAGAAAUGAUGAUGCUGAACGUGUGGCCAGAAGGAGAAGAGAGAUAAGCCGCGGGAAGAGGGUUGUUGAAGCAGAUUCUGAACCUGCACAAGAAGAGGCUGUUGAAAUGGAGGAAGAAGAAGCUGUUGAAAUGGAGGAAGAGAUCAAACCUGCUAAGCCAGCCAAAAGGGAUAAGAAGAAGAGGAAGCCUCCUACUCAAGAGGAGUACUAUAGCUAUCUCAAGACACUGGAGUUCGAAGGCACAAGACAUCCUCAUCGGGAAACGAUGGCUGCUUUGGGAAUCGCUGAAGAUAUCGACUACCUUGCUGAGAUGUGCGGUCUAAAAACCUUCCUGGGGUAUAGUUUCGAGGGUUAUCAAGAGGAGACCUGCCAGCUCUUAGCCACUCUUGACGUACACUUCUACGCGGAUGAACAAGAGGAAGAGAAUGGGAGAGAUUUCGAUAAGCGCGAACUCCAAGCCUUCUGGAAGACAAUCGCCGGACCAGGAGAUUACAAGCCUUCGAAAAGCAAGAGCUCCUCUAUUAGAAGCCCAGUGGUGAGGUAUCUACACCAGUCCAUUGCUAGCAUGUUCUUUGCAAAGAAGAUCACCGGUACCAUAAGUGAAGGUGAACUGCAGCUUCUGGACUUAGCUCUCCUAUUCACCCUGAGAAACACUAGUGAUGGAGCAGAAAUGGUGGGAGAUAGAGGAAAUGCUCCUCUAAUAGCUGUGUUCUUGGAUCAUUUAUUGGGAUACAAGGAGUAUGCUGCAAACAUGCAUAGGUCAGGGCGCAAAGGAAGCUUGACCAUUGGCGGAAUUCUGACACCAAUUCUAGUAGCUGCGAAUAUAGACGUGGGAACAGGAGACUCUUCCCCAACUUGGAUCGAUAUGGCGUACUUAAGGAAGAAGGGCUAUCUUGAUAAAACAGCUCCUGAAGGUGUGUUGCUCUAUGUAUUCAAUCACCCUGAAGAAGGAACUUCUAGGCUGCUUCUACCAUGCACGAAUCACACCACGAUUAGAGCUGGUGAGAACAUCGAUUUCUGUCCACCAUCCUUCAUUCUCUACGAUUCACAAGUCGCCCCUGCCUCUCCACCGCCUCAAGCAAUGCACGAGGACGACCAGGAGCAAACCCAAGACGCUCCUGAUGAUUAUGCACCAGAGCGGUUCUUCUUCGAGGAAUACAAAGCUCCUAGGCAGACCAAAGGCGAGAGAGAAGCUCACAAGCGCAUAGGACUCCUGCAAGGAUUGGGAAAGUUUCAAGGGAAGGCGAUGCGAGGAUUGUCCAAGAAGGUAGACUCAUUGACCACCAUGGUGAAGAAGAUGGCGCUUCAGAUCACAGACCUCCAGAAGAAGUCCAAGCACUCUCCAUCAUCAUCAGAAGAGAGAGGUACUUUGAGAAGAAGCGGUUCCUCAAGCAUGGCUCCACGACACGCGGUAAGGGCUGAUCCUCCAAGAUAUUCAUCCUUUGAACCACGCCAGAGGGAAAGCCAAGAAGAGUCUACACCACUCCCCAAACGUUCGCAAAGCCAUCGCAGGAAAAGGAAGGUUCAGAAGCCAAGUCCAGAGGCAGACUCGACCAUGGAACUCGACGACACGUCGAGACAGCACGUCGAGACUGCUCCAGAGCCAACUAAUCCUCCCUACAUGCAGCACAACACCAACGUCGAGCAGCCUCCUCCAGAGUCAAGCACAGCUCCUUCUUACACGCAGGAGAGCAUGGAUGAGUUCCUUGACACCUACUUCGGAUAAAACCAAAAUCUUUCCACAUGAAGAUACCUAAGGAGCAUGUGGAGAUGAUUCGUGAUCUAGAUGUCUUUUUGAAAUACCCUUGGGGAAGCUAUAGUUUCGAUAUGACAAUGCAAUGCAUUAAGUCAAGAUCUCUCAAUCAAUUAACUCAAGCAACAGUGGCCAUUCAAGGUUUUAUCCAUGCUCUUGUUCUGGUUUUGGUGGAGGCUGUCCCAUCUGUUCUUUCAGUUGUUGGUGAAAUAACUGACCCAGAGUCUGUGAUGAAGAUGUUUUCCCUGUUAUUUCUUUGAAACUGGAUAAAGUCUGGGAUCUUGA